CUUGCAAAAAUAAAAAUAGUACUUUUUGCAAACUAGUACCACACAAUUGUUCCCUCUGGUGCCCUCAGUAGAGUGAAGGAGCUCCAAAUCCCACUAGUCGUGGCCAUUCCCUGGAAACCCAUUUCGCCAAGAAGAAAGUGCAUUUAUUUCCUCUCUGUAUCACCUCUCUAAUCAAAUCAUGCUCUUUAUCGACAGUGGAAGGCAAUAGGACGCCGUGGAAGCAAAGGAGACACUCUCUUUCUGUUACUUCCUUUUCUCUCUCUCUUUAGUGACUCACAAAUGAAAAUCUUAGAGGUCAAUGCUGGUGCACUCACAAAUUUUGAGGUCCUUGAUUUUUUACAAGCUAAAGGAGCUUCAAAGGAUCCAACAAGGGUUAUUACCAAAGUAGCUCACUCUGAAUACAAGGUUUAUGAUUAUUUGGUUGACACUGCUGCCUCUGAUCAAACAAGAGAGAGCAUAGAUGAGUUUUUGACAAGCAUUAAACGGCAUGACCUAGCUAAAACUGAGGUUCUGAACAUAUUGAACACUAGGCCAGCUGGUGAAGUUGAAAUAUUCCCUAUCAUAGAGAAUUGUGAGGGGCGUUUUCCAGAUGAAGAGGUGACCGAAAUAGUUGACCUGGUGACGAAAACAUUACCACCACCUCCCAAUAUGAAGCAGGAAGAAAUUAACAAGGGUGAUGAAGAAACUGCUACACUGAAAAAUGAAAAGGAUGAGAUUAGUGAAGAUCCAAUGGACACAAGAUAACAGAACUAAUUGUUUAUAAAGGACGCUUCUCAUAUAAAAUUUAUUGAUUUUUAUCUUCAAACUCAAAUCUCCACAUGGUUUCUCCAAAUUGUCAUGUUUAUUUC